AUGCCUCAUAUUCCUCUUCGUCCUGUUCCACCCUCGUUCUCUGCUCCUCCAAGAAGAUGGCGAACUUCCCUGUCAACCCGCUCGCGUUCCUUCCCCAUGGUAUGACGGUGGAGCAGGGGCCUCCCGAUCGCAAGGCUCGGGUGGAUAUGGCGCUCAGUGGUCAUCUGCCAUUGAACCACGAUCGCUUCCUUAUCGCGGAGACCAGCCGAGCUAUCCCAGUUCAUCUGCGACAGGAGGCCAGAUCUGCUCUUGCUGAUUUUGUUCCUGUCAGAGGACAGAUCAACUGUCAAGAGAUGUUAAGGAAUCAGGGGGUGUGGUUUUCUGAUGGAUUAGUACCUGAACCUAAUGUUGCUGAUAGUCCGUUUUCUGCUUAUAAUGAUAACAUAUGUGCUUCUGCGUCCAUGGAAGAGGAGCCUCUUGUUAUCAAUGCUAAUGCUGCGUCAGCUGGCUCUGUUAAUAAUGUUCGCACAAGUAGCAAUCAUGCCCUGCAGAUCAAUUUCUGUCUGUUCAGAGCCAAUUUUCAGCUUAUGUAUUGGUCUGAAUCUGCUCCCAAGAGCUCUGAAGCUGUCCCUGAUGUGUUCAGUCUUGCUCGGUCUGUGUUUAAGGUCUUGCUUAACCCAAAGCCUGGUAGGGACAAUUUGUUCUUCAAUUUGCCGGUGAUUCCCACUAAGCUGAUCAGGUUUUUGGGUGUUCAAGCUGUCCUUGCUGCUGGUUCUAUUCAGCCUCAAGUGUCAAGGAAAGUGGCAUGUAAGUUGAGUUUUGAAGAUACCCCUGGGUCUCUUGAGUUGCGGUCCUUGCCUUCUGCUGAGUCCGAUUCCUCUGAUGCUGUUGCUAUCAUAGGUGAUUCAGUGCCUCGGUCGCUGGACAUGUCCCCUACUGUCCUAUCUGAUGCAUCUGUUGCCCAUUCAGGGAAAAAGAGAGGAAGAAAGCCUAGGGCUGCAACUCCUCUGAUCACAUCUGAAGUUCGUAGAAGCAGUCGCAAUAACAUGUAUCGUGGGUUCAAGGUGGACAUGCCGUCUGAUUCUCGUAAGCGCAAAUCUGCAAUUGUUCCUGCUUUGGUCCUAGCGGUUCCUGAUCCUGCUCCUGCUUCGGUGCCCAGUCCUGCUCCUGCACCUCUUUCGAUUGCAACUAUUCAGCUGAUGGGGUCGGAGGAGUGUGGCAUUCCCCUGACCGAGCUCUCUGAAGACAAGCUGCUUGCUCCGAGGGAGAAUUAUCAGCCCUGAAUCUGAUGCCUCGGUUCUUCACUUUGAUGCGCCUUUUGCCUCUCUUCAUCAUAGGCUUUUAUCUGUUUAUGUUUGCGUUUGUGCACUCAGGACCACCCUUUAUUAUCUGGUUGUGUGGCGCGAGGCUUAUUUUAUUUCUCCUUAGGUUUUAUUCCAAGUGUGAGUUUCUGAACCUUAUUUUGGUAUGAAUCGUGCUGCUACUUCAUGGAA